CAGUUUCUCAAAGAGAAGAACUUCAAGCAAACAAUCUCACCCGUGAAGGUGAAAGAUGGAGAAGAAAUCACCCAUGAAACGACAACAACUGCAUUGAGAAGAGCAGUCCAUUUUUUCUCUGCCCUGCAAGCCACUGAUGGUCACUGGCCUGCUGAAAAUAGUGGUCCCUUGUUCUAUCUUCCACCAUUGAUCAUGUGUAUGUACAUCACCGGCCACCCUAAUACAUUUUUCUCAUCAGAACAUCGCAAAGAGAUUCUUCGAUACAUAUACUGUCACCAGAAUGAAGAUGGUGGGUGGGGGCUUCACAUAGAAGGCCACAGCACUAUGUUCUGCACCACCUUGAGCUACAUUUGUAUUCGCAUUCUUGGAGAGGGGCCAAAUGGUGGUGAGUACAAUGCAUGUUGUAGGGCAAGAAAAUGGAUUCUUGAUCAUGGAAGCGUUAAAUCCAUUCCUUCUUGGGGGAAGACUUGGCUCUCCAUACUUGGAGUAUUUGACUGGACCGGAACUAACCCUAUGCCUCCUGAAUUUUGGUUACUUCCUUCUUCUCUUCCUAUCCAUCUAGG